AGGAAAAACGGCUACCGUGAUACGCUUGCGACAAUCCGAUUUACGUGUUCGCCGACGCACGCACGCGAAGCCCUUUCCUGAGAGAAAACACACAGACAUAACAGUAAUAAGAAGAGAGAGAGAGAGACCGCUCGCUUCGAACGUCACGACGACGCGACUUGUUUGCUGUCCAAGCAUUUCCCGCUUUCCGUGUGGCGCACGUCAUUCUACCUCUUCCUUCGUCGCGUCUCUGCGCACCUCACACGCACACACACACACACACACACUUUAUUUUCAAUCCCUUCUAAACACUUUCCAUUUAGACCUCAAUUAUCAUUCUAUUACUUGACUAUAUAUAAUCACCUUAGAUCGUGUCAACGAACAGAGGAGUCCGCAAAGGAUAAAAUCACUGUUUUAUCGGACUUUCUCUCUCUUCUGGUCACCGCAUGAUGUCACAUCGCGCAGUGGUCGCCGCAUCGCCGUCCGUCGCCGCGGACAGCACGCAGGGGGCAGCGCCCCACGCCCCCCUUCCCAUGCCUCGGCAUGCUUUUCAACCGGCAAAGUCGCCGUCACCGCCCGCAUCGAUCUGCCGCCGUCUCAGCUACGAGAGUGCGCAGACGCGCAGCAACACACGCGCCUCGUCUGCCUCCGCCUCGCGCUCACGUUCCACACCGCAACAGGCGCUACACGCCAUGGUCGCCAGCAAGCAGGCGGUGAUCCCUCCCCUUCCUCCUUCCCCUCCUCCUCCGUCCGUGCCCUCGAGAGCGCCGGGUGGUUGUGCAAGCCCCAGCAGCCCCCCGCCUGCCGCAGCGGGUGCUCCAUACGGAAGGUGGAAGACAGGUGCAGACGCUACGCCGGAGGCUGUGCCGCACACCUCUGCGCCGUCAUCUCCAUCUCCUCCAGCGCCCACCGCAGCAGCCGUUGCAACAGCAGCAGCAGCGAAGCCGGCUGAAACAGGUGAGAGGAGGGUUGACAGCACGAGCUCCGUCAGCUGCCCUCCGCCGCAUCACCACGACGCAUCGCCCUUCUCGUGUGUCUUGACGAACGAGUCUCGCACCAGCGGCACCGCUGCGCGGGAGAGCAACGCCAUCAGCACCUCUGGCGAGAAGUCGGCGGCCGCGAACUCAUCCCCUGCUUCACCGCCGUCGCAUCAUGCUGUCCAGCUGCGUGCGCAGCGGGAGCACAAGAUGAUGAAGGGGAUGGUCGCAGCACACCACGCAGCUCUGCCUGUCGCCGCCGCCUCCGCUUGCACACCGCCACAUAAAACGCGGCCGCAUCUACACGCGUUUUCGCCGGCGGUGGCGGUGGUGUCUGCUCACGCACCCCCGCAUUCCUCCGCGGUUCGCGCGCCGCCCCACCGCAGCCGCGGCACCACUAACACUGUUGGUGGUAGUGGUGGUGGUGCCGCAAGGACAUGCAUACAGCCGACCCCGCGACUCGGCUCCGGUCUGACAGGGCAGUCGCCCUUCGCCGCCGAUCAGCUGGCGAUGCCUCGUCACCGCCUCUCCCCCGCUGCCGAAGUGUGCAAUGCGCCACAUAGCGGUCCUCCUCCUGCAGCAGCUACCGAGCAACCGCAGCGUCGAAUGCCACCACUACCGCAGGUGCAGCUGGAACGACCCAGUGGGCUCUACCGGCACAACCACACUUCGUCUGCUGCCGCGUCGACGUCGCUUGCGGCCUCGCAGCUGCCGGGCGCGGCCGCCCCGCACGACCGCCUGUUGCCACCGCCACCGAAGUCGUCCUUCAUUCGCACCUCGUCGUCGUCGUCGUCGGGUGCGAAUGGGCCCCGUCGACGUACGCCGUCCGUGUCCGGCAGCGGCGCGGCAUCGCCGUUCAAGCGGCGCUCCUCCUCCGCGACGGCGGUGUCGAGGAACGUGACGGGCGUUGCAGCGGCAGCGGCAGGGUCAUCCGCCAUGUCCGCGAGGUCAGCAGCGCGGCCCCGCUCCCGCACCCCGUCCACAGCCUUCACCUUCUACACCACACGCGGCGGAGACGCAAGUCGGCAAGCGCGUGGCGACGUCUCGUCGACUACGGCCGCAGGAGCAACAAAUGCAACUGCCGCCGCUGCUGGUCGUCCGUCGCGUAGCAGCUCUGCCCCUUCGUUUCGUCGCACCGUGUCGGCGACAGCGGACGCAAAUGUCGACGCGGCGAUACCGUCGGCCAUCCGCUCCUCCUCGAUCGCGUCGCGCCGACAGCACGCACGCAGCGGCGCCGCACCAUCCCUCCUCCCUUCAUCUCCGCCGAGCAAAAGAACAGCAACAACCGCAACAACAGCAGCAGCAGCGGGGACGGCGGCGACCUCGCGCGAUCGAACGGCCCGCACGCGGACGGCCACCGAUGCUCGCACCUCUGCCACCACAUCAUCUGUCACAGCAGCAGCUUUGAACACUGGGCGCGCAGACGGCAGUGGAUCGUCACGGUUCACUCGUGCGCCAUCUUCCGUCUCGUCGGCGACCGCUACGCGUGCGUCGAGUCGUAUGGGGGAUCGGAGUGCACAUGCAGGGUCCGCUGCCGCUGCUGCUACUGGUGCGCUCACCCGACGGGCGGCAGCAGCAAGUGGUGGUGGCGGCGGAGCUCGACCGAUGAUCAGCGCCAGGGAGGCACUGACGCAGCGAGCACGUCCUGUGGUGUCCACAGCGAAAAGCGCUGUCGCCGUGUCACGGCCAUUCUCUGGCGCGUCGACCCGCCCUGUCCGCGCCCUCACGAACGGGACUUCCGCCCCUGCGCGCCGCGACACCGUCGGCGACAACCACAACACGGUGAGUGCGGCCCAGUCAUCGCUGAUCUCCAUGGAGGAGAGUAAGGAUUUUCUGCACGAGUUCCAGCGCAUGAAUCAGCGUGAACUCGCGCUCUUCGGAACGCUGUUGACAACGGUGGCCACUGAACGUCAGCAGAAGCAGCAGCAGCGGCAACAGCGCGCAGAUGGUGGCGCUGCCGCGGCACGUGCAGUGCAAGCGGAGAAGAAUGCGGCGCACAUUACAGUUGAAUCCGUCAGCGACAUCUCCGUGUGGACGUGCAAACGACCCUCCCUUGAGACGCCGCCACCGCCGGCGGAGCAGACGGCGGACGCGGUGAAGGAGGCUGCUGCGGUUCCUCCCCCGACGAGCCCACAAGAGCCCGCGACGCAAAGCGACGGUGACACGGAAGUGGUGGUGCUGGUGCGCCGCUCACGCAGCAGUCACGCCGCCUCUUCCAAAGCGCCUUCUCCACCGCCGCCGCCGCAGCAGCAGCAACGCAGUGCAUCGCCGGCCCCGAGUGCACCGACAAACGGGCACUCUGCGCCGCAGCAUCCCGCUCCGGGAUGUGAGAAGAACCACCGCACCACGUCGUGGCAGGGUAACGCUGACGCGUCCCUCUCUCCCACCUCCCCCUCUCCUACCUCCCCUCUGCCGCACGCAGAGCACGCACCGGCUGCCCAGCCGCACACGCGGACUAUUAUCGCAACGACGACCACCACCACGGCAGCGAAGCAGUUUUCAGCAAAGAAUGGAAACGGGCAGCGGCGCGGCGGUGGCGGUCUUCAACCACGCAGCGCGAACGACGCGAACGUGCGGUCUGCCGGUGCUGCCGCUGCUUCUGCGGCGGCGGCGUUGGCGGCGGCUCCCACGGAUCUGCUUGCGCAUGUGCGGUUAGAGCCGCAAGGACAGCAACAACAGCGGCGGCAACGCAGCGUGAUGAGCUACACAGACAUGCGCAGCUACAGCCGCAGCGAGGACCGCACGGAUCACCACGGCCCUGCCAGCCAACGCGACGGGUCUCCGUUCGCCGAUCGUGAGUACUCCCCAGAGGGAGGAGAAGGCCGUGAAGCAGCAGCGAUGACGCAGAAAGAGACGAGAACAGGUGCUCCGCCACCACUCAUGGCGCUGCGGCGUGCGAAGGAGCUCGCGGCAGGGCAGGCGGCGGCGCUCGUGCAGCGUCAACGUGAGCGGCAACAUCAACAGCAGUUGAAGGAGAGCGGAGAGGGGGACGGCGAUGCGGCUGUUAGUUACACCUCUCCGUCAGCCUUUUCAUCGUAUGAGACGCCCAGCGGCAGUAGCGGGGGCCGGCCCAGCAGUGCCGUGGGGAGUGCGGUGAGCGACGUGGCCGAAGUGCGGAUGUCGGCGGCGCAGUUGCAGCUCCUCGUCGGCGGCUCACGUAGUCAGCAAAACUGGGUGCGGUAUCAGCAACUAUAA